AUGGAGAUGGCUGAUGUUGUCAGACAACUGGAGAACAGCAGCAUUAUCGUCGCCGGUGCAGCUGGUUUUCUCGCAAAGAUUUUUGUUGAGAAACUUUUAAGGGUUCAACCAAACAUGAAGAGGCUUUAUCUUCUUUUAAGGGCCGAAGAUAAAAAAUUAGCGGCACAACGCUUCAAUUCAGAGAUUAUAUCGAAGAAUUUGUUCCGGGUUCUAAAAGAGGAGUGUGGUCCAAAUUUUAAUACCCUCAUUGCACAAAAGGUUACAGUUGUGCCUGGUGAUAUCACUUGUGUGAAUCUAGGAGUAGAGGACUUGGAUUUGUUGGAAGAGAUGUGGAAGGAAGUAGAUGUUGUUGUUAACGUAGCUGCAACCACCAACUUUGAUGAAAGAUAUGAUGUGUCCCUUAGCAUUAAUACAAUGGGGGCUAUGCGUGUCUUGAACUUUGCUAAAAGAUCCUACGUAUCAGGAGAAAGAAAGGGACUAAUUCUUGAAAAUCCCUAUCGCGUGGGGGAUACCCUCAAUGGGACAUCUGGUUUAGACAUCGAAAAUGAGAAGAGAAUCAUUGAUGAAAAAUUAAAAGAGUUCAAAGCUGAGAAUGCUACUGAAAAAGAUGUCAAAUUAGCCAUGAAAAAUCUUGGAAUUCAAAGGGCAAGGAAAUUUGGAUGGCCAAACACCUAUGUGUUCACAAAGGCAAUGGGGGAAAUGCUUUUAGGGAAUCUCAAAGCCAAUUUUCCAAUUGUCAUUGUUCGACCUACAAUUGUAACCAGCACAUAUAAAGAGCCUUUUCCAGGUUGGGUUGAAGGACUAAGAACCAUCAAUAGCUUUGUUGUUGGUUAUGCUCAAGGGAAACUUUCUUUCUUGCUUGGCGACCCUAAUACCAUAACUGAUCUUAUUCCAGGAGAUAUGGUGGUGAAUGCUAUGGUUGCAGCCAUUGUGACACAUAUGAAUAAAUCCAAUGAAGAAGAAGAGAUCAUCAUUUACCAAGUUGGUUCGUCUGCAUCGAAUCCAAUUUCGUAUUCUUCAAUUCAAGAUUUUGGCCAGAGGUAUUUUAUGAAGCAUCCAUGGAUUGAUGGAGAAGGAAAAGCUGUUAAAGUUGGGAAAAUCCCGGUUCUCAAGACUAUGGAAAUCUUUCACGGUUACAUGGCUCUUCGUUAUUUGCUUCCCUUAAAGGGUUUGGAGAUUCUGAAUGCUGCAUUUUGCCAAUAUUUUGGCGGAUUGUACCACAAUCUUUGCCGCAAAAUAAACUACGCGAUGAGGAUGAUUGAGCUCUAUGAACCGUACUUGUUCUUCAAGGGAAUUUAUGACGACAUGAACACCGAAAGAUUGCGUCAACCUAUUAGAGAGGAAAAGGGUGCUGAAAAUAUGUUAUACUUUGACCCAAAGAGUAUCAAUUGGGAAGACUACUUCAUGAACAUCCACCUUCCUGGAGUUGUGAAAUACGUAUUCGGAUGA